AUGCAAGGCGAUCGUUUGGUUAUACCAUCGAAGCUUCAGCAACAGAUAUUAGCUUGUGCACACGAUGGUCACCCAGGAAUUUGUUUAAUGAAAAGGAGACUGCGAAAGAAAGUGUGGUGGCCUAAAAUGGAUGAUCAAAUAGAAAGUUUUGUGAAAAAGUGCCAUCCAUGCACGUUGGUAUCCUCAUCGGGACCUCCAGAACCUAUGAAAAGAGCAGUAGAUUUUUCAGGUCCUCUUCCAUGUGGUCACAACUUACUCGUCAUGAUAGAUUACUACAGUCGAUUCGCCGAAGUGGUAGUUAUGAAACAAAUAACAGCUGAUUUAACGAUAAAGGCUUUAUUCGAAACGUUCAGUCGAUUUGGAAUACCUGAAACAUUGCGUACGGAUCAAGGGCCGCAGUUCGUAAGCGAAGCUUUGGCAACAUUCUGCAAAGAAUACUGCAUAUCACAUCAGAAAACAGCUCCUUAUUGGCCCCAAGCAAAUGGGGAAGUAGAGAGGUUUAAUAGAAGUAUAUUAAAACGUUUGAAGAUUUGUCAAGAAAUUGUUAAAGCUGAUUGGAAACGGGAACUUAGAAACUUUCUGCUUAUGUAUAACUCAACGCCUCACUCAAUCACUGGGACCGCUCCAUCUGCCUUGAUGUUUGGGAGAGUCUUGCGGGAUAAGCUUCCCACUAUAUACACGGAUCCAAAGAUAACAGAUGAAAGUAUCAGAGACCGCGAUUGGGAACGAAAACUACAAGUUGCUGAAACCGUUGAUAUCCGAAGGGGAGCCAAGCCGUCAGCUUUGAAAGAGGGACACGUGGUAGUGGCAAAACGUAUGCAGAAGGAUCAUAAAUUGUCCAGUAACUUCCAUCCUGAAAAACUCAAGAUUUUGAGCCGUACGAAUACAGACGUGGAGCUGCAAUCCGAAAAAACGGGGAAAGUUUAUCAUCGGAAUGUUGCUCACUUAAAACCGAUGUCUCAGGAUUCCGGACAAACAGACCAGACAAUCAACAAAGAAACAUCUUCAUUUGAACCCCAACCAACUAGAGAACAACGACCAACACGAGCACUGCAGAAACCAGGUUACCUACAGGACUACGUGGCUGAAGUAUCUGACUUUUAA